AUGGCUCGGGAGGGUUUUAUGGAAUGGAAUUUUGUGGCACAUCCGCACUGUCAACAUUUGCUCACCACACUUUGGUACGACCAAUUGCCCGGCUGGCGUAAAAGACAUCCACUUACCAAAUUCUUUCUAUGCUUCUGUUUCAUCGUGAUCAUGCCCAUUCUGGCCCCAAUCUAUCUGCUCCAUCCACACGGAAAAAUUGGACAACUGAUGCGUAGCCCGUUGAUCAAAUUUAUCAAUCACAGCGCCUCGUUUGCCAUCUUCAUUAUCCUUCUAUUGAUUGCUUCAAUGGACAGUUCUACACAGGAAAGUUUGCGCACACGAAGUGAGAUACGCGGACCGGAUCCGAACAAGAUUGAGAUAUUCAUUUUGUGGUGGGUGAUCGGUAAGUUCCCAUCCCAUUUGUCUAACAAUUUUUGA